AUGAAACUCAUCAUUCAAAGGGUCAAGUCUGCCUCGGUCACUGUUGAUGAAGAGUUAAUCUCCUCCAUUGGCAAGGGGCUGCUAGUCUUCGCUGGCGUUGGAAAAGAAGAUACCGAGAAGGAGGCAGAGAAUAUGGUCAACAAGGUCUUGAAAGCCAAGUUCUGGCCAGACGAGAAUGGCAGUCAAUGGAAACGAAACGUGCAAGAUAUUGAGGGCGAAGUGCUGUGUGGUAUGUCCGAGCCAAAUACGCAUACCCCGUUCAUUGUGCUGACCCAGUCUCAAUUCCUAGUUUCGCAAUUUACGCUCUACGGCAAGAUGAAGAAGGGCAACAAACCCGAUUUUCACGACGCUGCCGAUGCGAUGACCGCGCGCCGUGUCUACGACCACUUCUACAAUAAAAUGCGGGAUUCCUACAAGGCGGAUCGGGUCAAGAAUGGCGUCUUCCAGGCGAUGAUGGAUGUCGAGCUGAAGAAUGAUGGGCCGGUGGGUGUCGAUUACCGCAGUGAAGACGCGGCGGUCACCAUUGAGAUCAACACGAAUCUUCCCAAAAAAGAGCCCAAGGACGAGGCGAAGAAGGACCAACCGAAAGAAAAGGAUGGCGGGGAAGGAUCGACUGGGACGACCUUUGAGUUCAGAAUUCCCCCGGAGUUGCUGCAAUAA